GUAUAUAAAGCGGUGAAAAGCCUUAUUAGGUCAAACCGAUAUCAAAAUGGUGUCACACAAAGUGCAGUUGUUGGCAUCGCUUUUAUUCAUAUCUGAGGUGUAUACCCAAUUUUCCGGUAGAUACGGCUACGGCAACGAGCAAAAUGGACGUUCGCAGCCCAGCCCCAAUCCAGGUCAGUUCAUCAUACCAGCAAUUAUCAAGCCACUUCCUUCCCGCUCGCCCAGCGCGUCUUCCCGACCGCCGCUCAGCGCGCCUUACAGCCCGCCCAGCGCGCCUUCCCGACCGCUCAGCGCGCCUUCCCAACCCCCUAACACCCUAACCAACGACGUGAUUAUUGACAGACUCGUACGUCUUCUCAUAUGUGACAUGAUCGAGACAGAUAACGUGGGCGUGGACGUUGACGUGAAAGAAGGAAAGAACGUUGACGUGCAAGAAAAAGGAAAGAAAAACGAUGUAACCAGCGAAAACAAAGAACCCGAAAUAUGUGUGUUUAUUAGACCGUUUAAAGGUUAGAUCAUGAUGAUAAUUACCGUAAAACCACUCAACUAUAGCCGAAAGGCUCCUAACUAUGGUCCAAAGCGAACUUGAAUAUCUUCGUUCAGGGGCCUAUUUCUCCAACGGUAUUAGACCAAUAUUAUUAGUCCACGAACUGUCAAGUCGUUUGGGUUACCAUGGCGACACACUAAUAAUAUUAUACUGUUCGAGAAAUGGACCCCAGGUGAAUUUUAUGUGAACGUUGCAGUUCUAAGACAAAAUAUUUAGAUCAAUGGGAGAUGGGAAAAAUAAGUCACACAGCAUCAAAAAGAAGAUAGGUAGUUAUGAUUAAUUGUAGUACUGGGGCCCAUUUCGCGAGCGGUAUUAGAUUACUAUUAUUAGUUGUAUGGGUUACCAUGGCAACACGCUAUUAAAUUAGACUAAUACCGUUCUAGAAAUGGGCCCUGGACUAGUACGGUAAGGGCCACUUGCACCAUCCCGCUAACCCGGGGUUAACCGGUUAAACCGUUAGCCCAGUGUCAACUUGUACUGGUAACCAUGGCAACUCCAGAUGUAACCGGUUAACCCCGGAUUAGGGAUUGGUGCAAGUGGCCCAAAGUAUACUUAGUAGAAACCUAAAUGUUUAUGAAAUAAAACUAAAGCGAGCUGCCCAAGUUACUAAAUCUUUUCAUACCUAUGUAAUAGGCUAAUAGGUACUAACCUCUGCCCACAACUUCGUCAGCUAAGUAGUGUACCGAAUUGCUCAUGUCAUGUUGUUUGUGACAAUAAAGCGCUUUAGCUAUAAAGCGAAUCAACUGCA